AUGCUGAUUUCGAGUAUGAUAUAUCCGGUAGAUGCUAAUGCUAUGCAUAGUUUUUUGGUUACUACAGUUGCAGCUGUUAUUUUUCAAGCACUUGGAGCUGCUUCAGUUAUUGUGCCGAGCACCAGUUGUUACGUCCUUGAUAAUUCCAGCUACAUUCAUGAUUUUAGUAGCUGGAUUGGACAUCAUUUUGAGUACGAGGGAAAUGAGAACGCUGAUUUAGCUUUACGAUUUUGUAAAGACGUGGAGGCUAGAUCGCAGAUGGGUUAUGUCGAUUUUGGAAGAUUUGAUAGGUUCAAUUAUUUUGCUGCCAGUUCUGGACAUGCCAACUUUGUUCAAGAAUACUACAAUGGUGACCUGGUGAAAUGCGAGGAGGGUUUUGAUAAAUUGGGACGAACAUCUCAGGUAAAUAUCAUUUGUGGAGAUUGUCCAAAUGGGCAAUGUAAAGGUGGUGGAUGCAUCUGCAAUGUAGCAUAUGAAUCCACGUGCAGAGUCCUUGUCGAUCUUGCCAUGCAAUGUGAGAAGGCAGGUCUACGAGUAUUUGAAGGCUUCACAGUCGGCUUCAAUCCACGGUCAUGGGAAAUCGUUUAUAAUGGCAUGACUCAAGUUGGUUAUGAGAAGGCUUAUAAUGAAUUCAGCUUCACAACUGAGCAAAUGCAUUUAACUCUUUAUAUGACUGCAGUUGCUUCCCUUUCUGGUUUAGUACGAAAACCAACAAUCAAGAUUUCCCCGGAAGAAGGAUUGGAGGUAAAAUUGUCAGGCUCAGGAGCAAAUGGCAGCCCGCCGACAACUUUAUCACCCACGACGAUACUUGUGGAUUGGAGAUGUGAAAAAGCUCGUGAUAUUCUUUAUGAAGUUGAAUUUACUAUUCCGAUAGAGAAUUAUGAUCCGAUUCAGUUUACCCUUGCAAAGAGUUGUGAACACAGGCAAAUUGAAGGUGGAGAAUCUACAAGAGGAUGGGCUAUAUUUGGGAUCAUAUCUUGUGUAUUCAUUGUCGGAUUUACACUGUUUUGCUGUGGAGGGUUUAUUUAUAAGACGCGAAUGGAAAGCCAGCGUGGGCUUGAUGCACUUCCGGGAAUGUCAAUAAUAUCGGCAUGUCUGGAAACUGUGAGUGGAGGAGGGCACAACUAUGCACGACCAGGAGAUGCUAAUAGUCCUUUUGUGAAUCAAGCAUCAUGGGAACGGGGAGAAGGGAAAAUUGGAGGAAGAAUCGAAGGCGGAGGCCGAAAUGGAUUCCGAGGAAACAUGGAUGUUGGUGGAAGCAAGUGGUUAGGAGGAAGAGAAAAUAUAGAUGGUGGUGGCUGCAAGGGAUUGGGAGGAAGUAUAGACGGUGGAUUAAGUAGAAUUGGUGGGAAAAUAGAAGAAUCAGUCACUUCUUUAUCUACUAAUCCAGACGCUUUUGUAGAGUCCUUGAGUGUUGUUUGCUUCUUGGGCACUGCUGGUGGAAAUUUUGGCAUUCCUAGAAGGGGCGACAGAAAUGCUUAUUCUUAUUGUGGGAAUGGAAUAUAUGAGAGAACUAUUGGGUUUUGGGGAGAUUUCCAUGCUGCUUUAAAUUUUGCGACAGUUAUGGAGGCCCCAGUCAUAUUUUUCUACCGAAACAAUGGAUGGGCCAUUAGCACCCCAGUAAUGGAUCAGUUUCGAAGAGAGGACAUAGCGGUCGGCGGAGGAGGCAAGCGGAUCGGAGAAAAUCGCGAAUAG